UGUUGUGCACCUGGGUGGGUGACAGUCCUGCGGCCCGGGAGAGGAGCGCGACGGCGGGGCCUGCACGGAUCUUACUGCAAAGAUGAAACCUGAUGAAACACCUAUGUUUGACCCAAGUCUACUCCAAGAAGUGGACUGGAGCCAGAAUACAGCUACAUUUUCUCCAGCCAUUUCCCCAACACACCCUGGAGAAGGUUUGGUUUUGAGGCCUCUUUGUACUGCUGAUUUAAAUAGAGGUUUUUUUAAGGUACUAGGUCAGCUGACAGAGACUGGAGUUGUCAAUCCUGAACAAUUUAUGAAAUCUUUUGAGCAUAUGAAGAAAUCUGGGGAUUAUUAUGUUACAGUUGUGGAAGAUGUGACUUUAGGACAGAUCGUUGCUACAGCAACUUUGAUAAUAGAACAUAAAUUCAUCCAUUCCUGUGCUAAGAGAGGAAGAGUAGAAGAUGUUGUUGUUAGCGAUGCAUGCAGAGGAAAGCAGCUUGGCAAACUGUUAUUAUCAACCCUUACUUUGCUAAGCAAGAAACUGAACUGUUAUAAGAUUACCCUUGAAUGUCUACCACAAAAUGUUGGUUUCUAUAAAAAGUUUGGAUAUACAGUAUCUGAAGAAAACUACAUGUGUCGGAGGUUUCUAAAGUAAAAAUCUUUUAAGAAAGACAUUUGUCAAAGGAGCUAAUGAAACAAGGCUAUAUAUCCUUCCUAGAGUUAAAAUAGUUUGCUGCAGCCCAGUGACCUCCACAAGUACUGGGUUGAAAAAACAUUGUAAUACAACAAACAUGAUGAUAUUUAGAAGAUUACUUUGGGCUGGUGGGAUAUGCUGAGAGUUUAGACUACAAAUGAAUAUUAGAGAGAGUAUGAUUUUUAACCAAAGGAAUAUAUUUUUAACUUGAAUCUUUUCUUGCAUUGUAUUUUUCUAAAAUUUGGCUUCAUUUCUUGGUAGUCAGAGUUAUAGGAGUUAUGUAUUUGCUACCGGUACUGCUCAUUUGAAGAAAAGCAUACAAUAAGGCUGUUUAUCACAUUCAUAAAAUUAAUAUUUUUGGUUCAAAGGAACAGCUAAAUAUGAAUUAAGGUAUGUCAUUUCCCAUGUAUUACUUGAAAUUGGAUACAUUAGCUAUAUUAUAACUAAAUGUAGUAUAGUCCAACAUUUGUUGAUCCUAAUACUGUAUUGGCAAAUAACCUGGUCAGCCUUUAAAAAUAGAAAUGAAAAUAAACUUAUAAAAUAUGGUAAGAUUCAAAGUAAAAAAUGUAAAUGUACAUCUGAAGAUUUAUAUAAUUCUAAUGUAGGCAAAGUGCCACCUGUCGUAUGUGUGAAAUAUAGUAUUUAAAGUAUCUAAGAGCAAAUUAAGGUACUUUAAAAACAAUGAACUAACAAAUCCUGGCAUAUUAUGUAUUUCUAAACUGAAUUAUCAUCUUUUCAUGGGUAUCUGAAGCCUCUCUUCAAGGGAACAUUUUUAUGAAAAAUAGAUUAUAAAAUUGAAUGGAAUAUGCAUUUAAAAAAUGCAUCAUGCUGUUGUUACAUUCUUAAAAUGCUGAUGGAAGGUUUUCUAUUUAAUGUGAUUAUAUUAGUACUAUUAUUCUGGUCACUAUCCUUUUUUGUGUUUAUUUAUUUUUUAAAAGUUGUAGUAGUAUUAGAUGUGAUCAAUGGUCCUUAUCUUUUGCAUUCCAUGCUACAUUAAACAUGUUCAUAUGACGAAUA